AUGUCUGAGAGGAUAGUGUUUGUAUUGGAUGUGUCGAGAAGUAUGAAAGGGAUACCCAUUAAAACCCUACACUCCGAAACAGUGCGCUGUAUUAACCGCAUACAUGAUGGUAAUUAUGUGGGUAUUGUAUUGUUUGGCAAAACUGCGUGGACCGCAAAUGAAUUGACCAAGCUCACCAGUCAGUCCGUUAGACAAAGCAUUGUGACAGCCGUACCGGACAAUUACCAGGGAAGUUGGUACGAGGGAACUGAUAUCAGGGCCGGUGUUAUGGAGGGGUUAGUUGCGCUCAGUCGCGCCAAAAUUGAUACCAAUGGGGCUAAAAUAUUUUUGGUCACCGAUGGUCACCAUGAUGUGGGUAAUAAGGAUUAUGUGGGCGAUGUGUUACCGCAUUUGAUAAAAGCGCAGGUACAUGUAUAUUGUUUGGCAAUCGGUGAAAAAGCCGAUCCAAACCUGGAAAAGCUAUCUACUGAAACAGGGAGUCAGGUGUUUAGCUCCAGUCGAGUGGAUGCCGAGAGCCGCGAAAUAAUUGGUCGGGUAAUGGAGGCCGCGAUGAAAGAGGUUAUCACCAGUAAAGAGAUGGCAGAAGUGGUCACUCAUACUGUUGUCAAUGAAGUUGUGGUCAUAAAUGGCAACACAUAUGAGACUCGAGUGCCCAUUGAGGCCGAUAUCGGACGCAACACUCAAAUACAUGUCCGCUCCGAAGUUAUCAAAGACAUUGACGUAGACAUCAAUGGCCCGUCGGGUGCCGUCUAUAGCACUACAGGUGGCGGACAAAUAGCUAAGCGGUUGGACCUCCAAGAGUGCAGACUAUACUUGGAGUUGACUGAAUCGGGUCUCUGGACUAUAAAACUAACAAAACAAUCAUCAAGCACAAUUAGGGCCCAUUUAGUGGUUGAGAGCAACCCUAUUGGUGCUAAUGCUAUUGAAUUGCGGGUGUUUUUACGCGUACCAGAAAUAAACUGUCCACCGAUAAUAAUAUGCCGGCUGUGUAAAGGCAAUGACCCGAUUGUAGGCGCUAUAGUGACCGCAACAGUGGACAGACCGGGCGGUACUCAGACUGACUUCCCGUUAAACUUGUAUCACAACUCUGGCUAUUAUUACGCAUACUUUACUGAUUAUAGCGGCGCCGGCAGAUAUAAUGUUAGCGCACUGGCCGUUAAUGAUGUGACAACUACUUACCGAGGCACACCUACUGGUGCAUUCCAGCGCCAACGCGUGGCCAACUGUUUUUACGUGAGGGCCGACUCUAUGCCAACACAACCACCACCCGACGGCCACUUUAAUCAACUGUUGCUUAGCAACCAAUUUGGGUAUCACCAAAAUACACCGGUUGUUACGGCAGCUCCCGGUCCAGUACGGCAACCACAACCGACACCAGAGCGCAAAAGUAUACCCCUAUUGAGCGACCAAAUGAAAGCACUUAAGGCUCGGCUGUCAGCCAAUUAUAUACGGACUAAGCGGGCGGUCGACGGCCUACAGGUGCCCGUCGGGGGAAAGACUGACCUGAUUAACAAAUUUGCUGCUUUUGAGCACUUUUUCUCCUCUAUCCGCGAGACGUCCGCUGAAGAGAUCGAUGGCUAUCAGCGCCGGUUGGAUGAGAUUAAUGAGCAAGUAACUUUGAGAAAAUAA